GCAUCAUCAACCUCUCCUUCUCUUCCUCCUCCUCCUCCUCCUUCUUUUCCUCCUCAUCAUCCUCAAGCUUACCUAAGUAACCCUUUUCUUUUUCUUCUUCUUCUCUCUUGUUCUUAGUUCUACCUAGUACCUACAUCUACUAACCUAAUUUGUUUUCCUUAAUUUUUCAGAAAGUGAAAAAAAAAAAAAAAAAAACAGUGGUGGCAGCUGGAUCAUCAGCAGCAGCAAUAGUUUGGUGGAGUGUGAUAUAUUUGUUAAGAUGUUAAUUUGAGCGAUGGACAUAAUCACCACCACAAACACAAACACCAACACCAACACUCCUACAAGUAUAACAACAGGAGCGAAAUCACCAGAACCCGAACCCGAGACUCCGACCCGGAUCCAACAACAACCACUACCACCCCCAAACACCAUAAAGCCCUUAUCUUUCUCCAACGGGGUUCUCAAGCGCCACCACCCUCACCACCCCCACCACCACCAUCCCACCGUGGCGGCCACCUACAAAGAAUGCUUGAAGAACCAUGCAGCCAACUUGGGUGGCCACGCCUUAGACGGUUGUGGCGAGUUCAUGCCCUCCCCCACCGCCACCGCCGGCGACCCCACCUCCAUCAAAUGCGCCGCCUGCGGCUGUCACCGGAAUUUCCACCGCCGUGAACCGGACGAACUUAUCUCCGCCACAACACAUGUCAUCGAGUACCAGCCUCACCACCGCCACCAUCCUCCUCCGCCACCUCCGCCGCUGAACCGGAGCCCCAAUUCAGCAUCUCCGCCGCCGAUCUCCUCAUCCUACUAUCCCUCCGCGCCCCACAUGCUACUUGCACUCUCCGGCGCCGGCGGCCUCUCCGUCGCGCCGGAAAACACCGCCGCUCCGACGAGCCUCGCAUCGCCGAGCCCAACAGCGAGGAAGCGGUUCAGAACCAAGUUCACUCCAGAGCAGAAGGAGAAGAUGCACGAGUUUGCAGACAGGGUUGGGUGGAAGAUGCAGAAGAGAGAUGAAGAUAUGGUUAUGGAGUUUUGCAAUGAGGUUGGUGUUGAUAGAAGUGUUCUCAAGGUUUGGAUGCACAACAACAAGAACACUUAUGGUAAGAGAGAUAACGUUAAUGUUAAUGUUAAUGUUAAUGCCAACGGUGGUGUUGUUGGUGGGAACAUUCUGGAACAAGACCACAACAUUAACGCAAUCAACACUGGAAUCAAUGGUAACGGUAACAGCAACGGCGACGACAACAACAAUAACAACCUUGUCUCGCAGGAUCCAAGUCAGUACGAGAAUGAUAGUGGGACUAAUGUUGGUACUAAUGGGUCUUCUUCUUCUUCUUGAUCUUUUCAUGGAAGAACAAAAAACAAGAGAGAGAAAGAGAGAGAAUAAUAUGUUUAGUUUAAUUACAGUAAUUAGCUGGGACCAGUUAAUUAGCCUUUUUUUUUCAUUUAAUUGUUUAGUUUUUGUUAAUUAAUGAGAUGAUGAUCACCUUCUUAACAUGGGAUAUCCACAGGGAAUUUAAUUUUCUGGGUUCAUAACUUUGUAUGUAUUCCCUUUUUGCUUCUGAAGCUUAUAAUUAAAUGCUUAUU